UUCUUUCCUCAUCAAUCCUCUACAGCUCAGCAGAGCAUUCCAGACGAACGUCAUCGUCACAAAUACCUACCUACCGAUCUACUGAACACAUCACAUUCCACAAUGACCAUCCCCUACCCCUUGAUCGGCCCUGAAUCCUACGGCCUCGGAUCUUCCUCGCGCCGCAGCAGCAGCCCCCGCAGCCUGGAUCGAAGCCACGUCGAAGCCGCCUUCAAGGACAUGAAGAACGGAUCCCAGGAGCAUUUGGAUUCGUGCAGCAAGUCGUCGACGAGUGGACAUGGUUGGAAAGCCAAGUUCUCGCGGAAGUACAAGUUCUUCCACUUCUAAGCGAGGAUUACAACAUACCACGAACAAACCAACGACGCAUAUAAUAAUCUCGACGAAUAAACUAUGAAAAUGGUGUUUAGAUGGGGGAUAGCAUGAGCAUGGCAUGGAUGGAGUUUUUGUUUUAUGAUGAUGAUGAUGGUUAUGGGAAUUUAGAUAAUAUUUAAUUAAUCGCGGGUUAUGUACGCUUUACUUACUAUCUU